UGUUAAGACCUCAAUUAAUAAUUUUCUUCACACGAUGCCACGUCGGUCGAAAGUCGAAUUUCGUACUCCCAAGAAGAAGAGCCAUAAGAAGCGCAGAAGGAAUUCCAAGUGUUUUGACAGUGCCCCAGUGCCUGUAGAACGUCCAGAAAUAAAUGAACCCGUGCAAAAAGACUCCCCCUCUGAACUUCUUUCGUCCUGUGCCCCGAUUUCAGAACCAUGGCCAGACCAGUUUUGUCUUGAGGGUGUCGUAUUAUAUUUUGGUAUCCAGGGGAACACCGAACCCGUCCACAUGAAAUCCGACGCGGAGCUCAUGCCUCCACCAAAAUCAUGGAUUGUACUGAAGGCCCGACCGAAAGUUAAUGCUGUGGAGUCGCAUGAAAUGAUCGCGAAAAAUGAAGACGAUGAAUCCAAAGAUGACGAAUCCAAAGACGACGAAUCCAAAGACGACGAAUCCGAAGACUACAAAGAGAUAAUUCGUGAAAUGCAACUAAAGGAUCCUACGCCAGUUCGAUUAGGAUCCGUUCCUCCAAGGCCCCAGGAUGAGGCCGCGACUGAGGGGUGGCUUCAGGACUGUAAUAAGACCAUUUCCGAGCAACUGCUACUUCUAGUAAUUAAGGAGAGUGCCAAGCCAUCUUCCGCAGACCCAGAGUCUGUUUACCAGAUGAUCCAGAUGAACCAGAUGAACCAGAUGAAGCCCCGUAGCUCGAAAAAGUCUGGGAUCGUAGUGGGUGCCGCCAAGAACGUGUGGCAUGUUAGCUACCUACUUCGCAACGCGGACUUUGAGAGGAGUUUGGAACUCUACACCUGGAAGUACGGGGAUCCCGAAGCCAAUCGACUAUUGGCCAAGUGGAAAGAGGUUUACGGCUCCGAGACGGCAAAGAAGUUGGACAGAACGUUGGUGCUUGCGCCCUUGCCAGUUCGUCAGGAGCAGAGCCUCCAGAAGUCAGGGAUCCUAGGACGUCCCGCUGAACGCCAAAGCGAGACCGUGCGCUUGCGCCUGGAAAUGAAGGUCUGCAAACUGUUUUGUACCCUGCAGAUGCACAGACAUGUGGAUCUUGAGACAGCCGUAAAGAGCCUCGACAACGCCAUCUACAGAAGCGACGUGGGUGUGAUAGAAGUCAGAUUCGAAGUCGGAAGUCAGGUAGGCUGGAUUUGGGAUAAUGGCACAGUCAUGAUAAUAGACGGGCUAAGUAAGGACGAUUUAGCCGAUGCCCUACAAGAAAUAGUAGCCAAGACCAUGGGCAAGGAGAAUUUCCAGCUCGAUCCGGGUCACAGGCUGCUACACCUGCGUCUCAACUCUGGCGCCUUCUUCCCCUGGAGCGUCGACUUGCAGGAGUUUGCUAAGGCCCACUCUCUUUCUUCGGAUCUAUGCCUUCAUGAGACGAACUUUGCCCACUAUGUGAACAAGAAUAUGCCCGGAGUGGCAGCCAGACUCCAAGAGUCUGGUUUAAUUAAGGUAUAUGCCAUGUCCCCGGGUGAGGGGGAUGAAAUGGUGAGGCAAAUGUACCUGAUUUCGGCCCAAUAUCGAAAAUGUUAA